GAGAAGAUAUCAGUCACUGGUGAGAUCUCUACUGUUAAGGACGUGGAUACUCGCAACUCCCGGCCAGGUCAUUGUCGUUUUCGGGCAGCAAGUGUUUUACUCCUCCAGGCCAUCUGUGAGGUGAAUCAUAUUUUUUGCGGGUGGACUAGCAAGUGCUGUUUUUUAUGCCUUUUGGGAGACAGAGUGUGAUUUGUGAUAGGCGUUGGUACCUUCCCAAAUAAGUGGAAAUCUGAAGCUCACCGGUGGAAAUUCGUUUAUUCAUCUAAUUAUCGGCGAGGGCACGAGAUUCCCAUUCGCUCAAAAGGCCUGCGGGAGGAAUUUGCUGUGUGAAGACUUUAGCAGGAGCGGAAAUUUCCCCGACGGAUCUCGCUCGCUUAGCAGUGAUAAAAGAAAAGGUGGACGAAACGUAACCUCUUUCGUUCGUGGUAAGCCACCUUCACCUCCACACAGUCGUCAUCACCAUUAGAGAGCCGAGGGCCCAAUUCAAGAGCAGCCUUUGGGGGCCAGAUCGUAAUGCAGCUGGAGCAGCAGCAGCAACAGGAAUCCUGAAAUCGUCCACCCACUCACACACGUUGGGCCGGUUGUGUGCUGGAAAAGUCAUGUGCUCCUCCACGUCAGAAUGAACAUGACGAUUGUGUUGGUGUGUUGGUGAGUGGAAAAUUUCUGAAAGGAUGUUUUCCACCAGCAUCGCUAUGCCCACGCUGCUGUUGUAACUCCAUGCUGGUGUUGGGGACGGGUUCUGUCGGAGGAGAAAAGUGAGAGAUCUCGUGGAACUCACGGAAAAGUGAGAGUUUUUGUGAGAGGAAAUUCAAGCAGAGCAAGAGAGAGAACGAGGAAAAGCAGAGCUUUGGCUCAAGUGUGUGUUGAAGGAAAAGUCAUGGCAACAACAGUAGCGGUUCAAGCUCAUGGCAAUUAAUUCGUUCUCGUUAGUCGUUGAGUGGCUGGUUCAGAGUGCAGGAAACUCGGCUGCGGUGAAAGUUUAAGCAAAAGCUAAAAUUUUAGCUGCUCAGAUGCUGUUAUAAUGUGUAUGUGUGUGUGUGUCUGUAUGUGGAGAAAAGAUACGUUUCUCUUGAUUAAUGUUAAUUGAAUUUGGAAAUUCUUGUAAGCGACAGCGAAGUAUUUCAGAAGGGAUUCACGCUAAAAAAAAUAUAGUUUAAUUCUUAAGCUUAGAGAAUCAUUACUGGGUGUCGGUAUUUGUCAUGUGCUUCUUCUAUUCGCGAAGGUCAUUUCGCAUACAUAAAUAUAGUUGAAAAGCAAUGUGAAAGUUUUUAUUACGUGUUACGAAGUAGCUGUUGAAAAUGGAUUCAUAAGCAAAUUUGUGUUAACGUUGGAAAUUAUCCGUAAGCAAACAUUCUAAACCAGCAUCGUUUCCAAACAAAUCAACGUUCAAAAAAGUCAGCAAAAUAAAAAUUGCUAUCGAUAAUGGGCUACCAACGGAGAAGCAGAACGACCGGCGAUGUUUGCAGAAGUGAUAUGUUGUUGUUUGCCCUGGUGAAUGUGUCCUUUGUAGUGUUGGUGUUUAAUAUCAAUGUGGUGAGCGGUUAUAACCAAUUACAUAUCGGUGGAAUUUUUCCCAUCAACGGAAAGGGCGGAUGGCAGGGCGGACAAGCUUGUAUGCCGGCCGCAAAGCUAGCACUUCAGGAUGUCAACGAGAAGGAGGAUCUAUUGCCGGGAUUUAACCUGACACUACACAGCAACGAUAGCGAGUGUGAGCCCGGACUUGGGGCCAGUGUUAUGUACAAUCUGUUGUACAAUGCGCCCCAGAAGUUGAUGCUGUUGGCGGGCUGCAGUACCGUUUGUACGACAGUCGCCGAAGCAGCGAAAAUGUGGAACCUAGUUGUGUUAUGUUACGGCGCAUCUAGCCCUGCCUUAUCAGAUAGAAGUAGAUUUCCUACGUUAUUUAGGACGCAUCCGUCUGCGACUGUACAUAAUCCUACUAGAAUAAAACUAAUGCAAAAAUUUGGGUGGUCGCGUGUAGCGAUCCUCCAGCAAGCCGAAGAAGUGUUCAUAUCGACGGUCGAGGAUUUGGAGACCCGGUGCAAAGAGGCCGGAAUCGAGAUAGUGACAAGACAAUCAUUCCUUUCCGAUCCUACCGAUGCGGUGCGGAAUCUCCGGAGACAAGAUGCCCGUAUUAUUGUCGGACUAUUCUACGUAGUCGCAGCCAGGCGGGUCCUGUGCGAAAUGUACAAACAGCAGCUUUACGGAAGGGCUUACGUGUGGUUUUUUAUCGGAUGGUACGAAGACAACUGGUACGAGGUGAACCUUAAGAAUGAGAACAUCUCUUGCACGAAAGAGCAGAUGAGAAUGGCCGCGCAGGGUCACCUGACCACCGAAGCGCUCAUGUGGAAUCAGAACAAUCAGAAAACUAUCUCAGGAAUGUCAUCCGAAGACUUUCGAAAACGCUUGAAUGACGCACUGAUAGAGGAAGGAUACGACAUCAGUCACAAUCGAUACCCGGAAGGGUACCAAGAAGCACCACUUGCGUACGACGCGGUGUGGAGUGUGGCCUUAGCAUUCAACAAGACUAUGCAAAAACUCAAGGAAGGCAACAUUGGAAAGACUCUCAAAGAUUUCACCUACACCGACAAAGUGAUAGCCAAUACCAUCUACUCGGCUAUGAAUUCCACGCAAUUUCUUGGAGUUUCGGGUUGGGUGGCAUUCAGCUCACAAGGUGAUCGCAUAGCUUUAACACAAAUAGAACAGAUGAUUGACGGCCAGUACUACAAAUUAGGAUAUUAUGACACACAGGCCGACAAUCUCACCUGGUUCGACAUGGAGAAGUGGGACGGUGGCAAGGUUCCACAGGACAGGACAAUCGUGAGGCGCGUGUUGAGAACUGUUUCGUUGCCACUGUUCAUCUGCAUGAGCACCGUUUCCAGCUGUGGGAUAGUGGUGGCAUUAGCACUCAUCGUGUUCAACAUAUGGCACCGACACCGGAGAGUCAUCCAGACAUCGCAUCCAGUUUGCAACACAAUUAUGCUGUUUGGAGUCAUCAUCUGUCUGGUCUCUGUGAUACUGCUUGGGCUUGAUGGACAGUUUGUCACGGCUGAAAACUAUCCCAAGGUAUGCCAAGCCAGAACGUGGAUAUUGUCGAUGGGUUUUACGCUGGCGUACGGGGCAAUGUUCAGCAAGGUGUGGCGCGUGCACAGAUUCACGACGAAAACGAAAACCGACCCCAAAAAAAAGGUCGAACCGUGGAAGCUGUACACGAUGGUUUCUGGCCUGCUGGCGGUUGACCUGGUAAUUUUGCUGACCUGGCAGCUUCAGGACCCGCUGCAACGACGGCUGGAGACAUUUCCCCUCGAGGAUCCCGUGUCCAGCAACGAUGACGUCAAGAUUCGACCUGAGCUGGAGCACUGCGAAAGUCACAACAAUUCCGUCUGGUUGGGUGUGAUUUACGGCUUCAAGGGGUUGAUACUGGUGUUUGGUCUGUUCCUCGCCUACGAAACCAGAUCGAUCAAGGUGAAGCAAAUCAACGACUCGCGAUACGUCGGCAUGAGUAUCUACAAUGUCGUGGUACUCUGUCUGAUAACCGCUCCGGUGGCCAUGGUGAUUGCUUCUCAGCAGGAUGCAUCCUUUGCGUUCGUUGCACUGGCAGUCAUCUUUUGCUGUUUUCUGAGCAUGCUGCUGAUAUUCGUGCCAAAGGUAAUUGAAGUUCUGAGGCACCCCAAAGAUAAAGUAGAAUCGAAAUUUAGCAACGAAACUGGUAUAUCGAAAGAAGACGAAGAACGGUAUCAAAAGCUGGUGACGGAGAACGAUGACCUCCAAAAAUUAAUUGCUCAAAAAGAGGACAAAAUUCGAUUACUGAAACAACGACUGGUCGAGAAAGAGUCGACGGUCAAAUCCGGUCAAACCCAGUUCGGUGAUGGUCAUGCUGCUGCCACCAAUAACAAUCAGCUGCACGUAGCACCCUCGGCCACUGCCGCCGGCGUUACGCAAGAUCAUCGAGAUGAACGAAUAUGAAAAUUAAGUCAAUUCACUACGGCGUGAUAGUUACUAGUAAGACUAAUUAAAUUUAUCAAGUGAACAUCGCAGUCUGCAAGACGUCAGCAGCAUUUUAUCACGAUCAUAGGACAAACGUGAGCAGUGUAAAUACUAACAAUAACGGUGCAUCACACUUUCACACACGAUUGUUGUUGUACAUUUUUCGUCCUGUUUUUUCUAAGAAAUGUUACAGUUUUGUAAAAACGAAUUUUAGCGAUCUGAAAGUGUUAGACGGUACUAUGGAUGAAAGAAAAAUUAAUGUUUUUAUUCUAAAACAAACUUUAGAUGAUCUUUUGUAAAUAGCAGUUUUAUCAAUGAUGCCGAAUGAAGGAACAAAACCACGCGAUUGUUUUCGAACCUUUGAUUCAGUAUGAGAAAUAUGUGUACCAUAUUGUUAGAAUUGUUUUUACACCUGCGAGUGACAGACGACGAAAGCUACAAUGAAUUAAUACCACAGGCUUGUGAAAAUUUAUAGAACAAAUCUAGUGAUAGAGGAAUAGCUAGAACAAAAUUUAGAAAUUGCUAGAACUUGUCUUUAACCCCAUGGUUAGACUAAUAUCGACAAGGAAUUUAUCAAAUUACGGAAGCAGAAAGGAUAGAAUUUGUAAAUAAUGUAGGUAAUCCGAAAUUGACACAAAAUGUGAAACAAUACUAACGAUUCAGAACAAUCAACGAUCAAACGACAUGGAUCUAGGAAAAGCACAAUAUUACCACAAUGAAUGAGUUAUUCACACAAUUGAGCAACGCAUAAAUUUCGUUUCCAUCACCAUUGACAUUGAUUCACGCUCAAACAAAUUUGCUCACAAAGUAUCGUAAGCUAAGAUCAACUGGAUCGCAACUUAAUGCAACUAAAAUUCAUUGUAUCGCUCAAAUCCGCUCGAAUACAAAGUCAUCAUUAAAUCUUUUCCCGCAACGAUAGAACAAAAUUAUUAUUUGUCUGGCAAUUUCAUUGGUUUCUCCAUACAAGUUUCCAUCCAAAAGUGGGAGUUGUCAACAGAAAAGGGCCAAGCAAAUAUUUGAAAAUCUGUAUCUUGUGAGAUAGGACUUUUUGAUCAACUUGGUGUCAUUGAGAAUGUUGAAACUUUUUGAAAAAAGGUACGCAGGAAUUUCGUUCAUUCAUUUUUUUAAAUUGACUUUUUUUUACAAAAAAAAACUUGAUUUUGACCAUCAUUUUUUGAUAUGUUUUAGAGGACAAUAAUUCUAGAUUGAAUUUUCAAAAAACCUAUCCCUCAUGGGUUUUCUAUGCAGAUAGAACCUGUGAACUAUAGAGUAUGACGGACGUAUAGAUUUUUGGAAGCUUUUCGGGUGAAUUUUCAAUACCUUUUUUGAACUGAAAGGGUGUUUUUUUGCAAAGCAAAGCAAUCCACUUUAACGACCCCCGGGUCUUUUGUGGGCUCUGUUGCAAGUUUCUGCUCAUUUCUAGGCGUCCGAAGGUUAUGUGUGUCACCCAAAACCUCUAUUACGCAAAUGGACCGACGUUUUACUUCCCCAUCCGAUAGAGCGCCAGGAGGAUAUGGCGGGAAUCAAACCCGCGUAACUUAGGGAUCGGCAGCCGAAGCCGCUAACCACCGCGCCACGAGGCCCUCCAUAGUAGGCUCUGCAUAGUUUUAAAAAUUUACCCGAAAAAGCUUCCAAAAAUUAUUUUUUAAUUUGAUGGUGAAUUUAAAAUCAAAAAGUACUUGAGUACUGAUUUUUUGAGAAUAUGGUGCAUUCGAUUGAAAGUCAUAUUCAAAUUGAAAUUUAUUCGAAAAGCUAAAAAAAACUCUCUACAAUUUAUCUUUUAUGGAUAGCCCCAAAAAUUUGUAUGGAGAAACCAAUGAUGCACAUCAGAUGUCCGCUGUACAGCAUGGUCUUGGCGUUCUCUAUUGCAACAUUUCUAUUCAAAACUAGAUGUCCGAAGGCUUGAAAUGGUGAGGCAGCAACCAAACUUAUUUUUACACCUAAGCUCCCAUCCACCACUGGAUUCAAACUGACGACCUUUGGAUUAUGAGUCCAACUGCCGACCAGCGACUCUAUCGAUGCAAGUGUUUGACCUAGGGAGACGAGCCUUACAGCCCUAUUGUUAUACCGAUUUGAUCCGUGGUAGAUUUUCUUGAAAUAAUUCGUUAGCAUCGAACUGUCAUCAAUCCUCCUAUUGAUCACACAAAAAACUUUGGUUGAAAAAUAUUCACCGGGAUCAAUUUUUGACAGUCCCACGAAAAUGAAUCAUUUCAAGGAAAUCGACUCUGGAAUGUGCUAACGACCAAACCUCUAGGUUAGACUGGGAACAAAAUUAACCUCAAUCUCGAAAAAUGCCACCGGGGACGACUGGGACCGAACCCAGGCCAACUAGGGUGAGUGACAAUCACGCUUACCACUACACCACCGGACCCGGUGGCAAAUGCAAAAUUGUUUAUUUCUCGGGUGAGUUUUCAAAAAGCCGUAAGAGCCACUAGUAAACAAAGCCCUUUUUACAUCGGUAUUCGACCUACUUACAAUCAACCAAUUUCAAAAAUGCUUGAGAUUGUUCAUCUAUCUUCAAGUGAUUGUUCAUUCAUUUUCAAGUGCCCUAAACUAAAAACAAAUGAAAUAUUGUUGCAAUUUGAAGAAAAACGAAAAUAAGUGUUGGAGGUCACGGUGGCUCUUACGGCUUUUUGAAAACUCACCCGAGAUUUCGACAUAAGGAAUCGAUGGACGACAAAGUUUCAUCCAAAUCCAAAAAUACAAUGAAAAUAAGUCGAUUUGCGAAAACGUAGAGAAUUGUUCAUGUAAAGGUUCUAAUUUCUUCAAACACAGUUUUUAUUUGACAAAACAGUUCUUUCUGAUUUUGCGAUUAUUGGGCUAUUUCACAAGAACCCAAACUUGCUAAAAUCAGUUUUAAGUUUGGAAAAAAAGUCUAACUUAACAAACCAUCUAAGGCCAAACACCAUGUCACCAUGGUUAGGAACGGAUAAACCAAUCUUUUUUUUAUUCAAAGCUUAAACUCUAUUUUAGUAAAAAAGUAACUACUCAUAUACUCAUAUCUAUGUGACCAUCAAUUCAAAAAUUGCCAAACUAUGUUGUUAAACUUUCUGUGCCAUUCCCUUGUUUGUAAUUAACAGUGCUUCAUAAUUUCAAUCAUCCAACAAAUCCCAUCAAACUCAAAUACUAAAUCCAAAAGAGGCAAUAAUAGUUAAUUAGUUAAAAUUUGUGCAGUAACCCUAGAAGCAUUGUUGAAAUUUUGUACCGAAGGAUCGUGUUUCACAAACGAAAAAAAUGUCUAAUAUUUUGUGCCCAACAACCCUCAACAGGAAUUCAUCCUGUCAAACAGCAGUUGCAUCACCUUCAAACAUGUAAAUCUCUAAAGAUUGCAUCGUCAAUAUCGUCUGUGAACCACAGCAGCAUAGAUUUUGGGAAGAAAAUGUUUACAAAUGUAUUGAAAAAUUACGCAUACGUUCUAGUAGGUCAUUGUAAACAACAUUAACAUUUAACAAGUUACCCUCAUGAAUAAAUAAACUCAAGAGCCAUCGAGUAAGACAAACGGACAAAAUCAAUUGCUAAUGACUGAACAAAAAACACAAACCACAGCGAAAAGUAGAAAAAGUCAACAAAUAAACCAGAGGACACACCUUGCAGAACAUGUACAGUUCCGGCAAGAAAUUGUUAAGUUUAGGAGAAACUGUUUCUGUUAGUGCGCGCAGAAAUCAAUCGAAACUCACCUUUCCUUGCUUACGAAACAAAAAAAACUGUGUUAGUUGAAUCGAACGGUAGCAUCAGUAAAUGUGAAUGAGUCUAGUUUAGCGUGAUGAUAACACAACCAAGCAGCUCAUACAGUCAUUUGUAGAUUAGGAUCUUAUCUCUUGAAUAUGUGAACAUUAGGUAACAGGAAAAACGUUAAACCAGUUCAAAAAAUUUCUUGAACUUGAAGGAGGGAUGAUUGUUAACUUUUAAUACAAAUAUACUUUAUAAUUUGUUGUUUGCUGUAAAGUUGUGAGUCCCAGUGGAUUUUAAUUUCGAGAGAAAUAAACUCAAAACCAAUACGUGAAACAAUCCCA